AUGAAGAGUAAUCAAUCGGGUAAUGUAAUCCAGCGCCGCCAGUCCACCACCGCACCAUGGGCCGGAGCAUCCAAAAUCACCACCGCCAACCUUCUCCCACCCACUCCCUCUCCUCCUCAUCCUCCUCCGACUUCGAGUUCACCGUCUCCAUCUCCCCCCGCAAGUCCUCCGCCGCCCUCUGCCCCGCCGACGAGCUCUUCNAUGCUCCGCUCCCUUCUCCUCUCCUCCUCCUCCUCCUCCGACGACUCCGCCGCCACCUCCUCCCGCGACUCCCUCUCCUCCUCCGAUUCCUCCUCCGCCUCCGCCUCCGCCGCCGAUCUGCUAUCAGACUCCUCCCGCCCCAGCGUCGACGAGCUCCGGUCCCCCGCGCCGGCCGGCGGCGCACUCUCGCUCAAUCUCCACCAGAGGAAGCCGUCGAAGCACUUCUCUCUCCCCAAAUUCGCCUCCGUUUUCCGCAGGGAGACCACCAAAACCACGCCUCCGCCGCCCGCGGCUAAGCGCGCGAGCGCCGGCGCGAAGGACGUCAUCCACAGGUACUUGAAGAAGGUGAAGCCUCUGCUCGAGAGGCUCUCCGGCAAACAGCAGCAGCCGCAGCAGCCAAAAAUGUCUCCUGGUCCGGUGAACGGCGCCGUUUGCCUGAAGAAGGAUUCAGAUCCGGAAUUGACGGCCGCGGUCGGCCCGAAUCAUCCGAUUGGGAAAAACUUGGAUAUCGGAUUUUGUUCUGAGUCAUUUUCCAGCAGUACGAGAUUCGCCGGAAGAAGAAGAUGCAUUUCGAGCUGCCCGUCGUCGAUAAUGUCUUCUCCGAGGCGUGGGGAUAGCGGGUUCGGGUUCGGGUAUAUGGAUCGGGCCGGGUCGGGCUUGAAUGCUUCGUCGAUGGAGGAGCUGCAGAGUGCGAUUCAAGGCGCAAUUGCGCAUUGCAAAAACUCAAUGUUGAAUACUGAUGAUAAUAAUAAGACAACUGUGAUCAGUCAUGAGAUUUGA